AUCUUUUCUACAUUUAUAGGCAGUAAACUUACCACCUGUAAAAUCAUGUUGGUGUCAAACGUGGUUCUCCUGUGCUUACUGGCUACUGUGAGUGGGGACAAGACCCUCAGCAGCCAUGCCUCCAUUCUGGCUGACAACAGCGCCAAUUUGGCUUUCAACCUGUACCAAAACCUUGCAAAAGAGAAGGACAUUGAGAACAUCCUGAUUUCUCCUGUGGUUGUGGCCUCCUCGUUGGGUUUGGUGGCUCUUGGAGGGAAAUCCAACACUGCUUCUCAGGUCAAAACUGUCCUGAGUGCCACUACGGUGAAGGAUGAGCAGCUGCACUCUGGGCUGUCGGAGCUUCUCACCGAGGUCAGUAACUCAACAGCACGAAAUGUCACCUGGAAGAUCAGCAACCGUUUGUACGGGCCCAGCUCUGUGAGCUUUGUCGACAACUUUCUGAAGAGCAGCAGGAAGCAUUAUAAUUACGAGCACUCCAAAAUAAAUUUCCGUGACAAGCGCAGUGCCGUGAAAGCAAUCAAUGAAUGGGCAUCGAAGUCCACCGAUGGCAAGCUGCCCGAGGUGACCAAAGAUGUGGAGAAGACAGAUGGAGCCAUGAUCAUCAAUGCCAUGUUUUAUAAACCACACUGGGAUGAGCAGUUUCAUCAUAAGAUGGUGGAUAAUCGUGGUUUCUUAGUGCAUCGCUCCUACACCGUCUCUGUACCCAUGAUGCAUCGCACAGGCAUUUAUGGCUUCUUUGACGACACAACCAACAACCUUUUAGUUCUGGACAUGGCACUGGCUCAUAAGAUGUCGUCUGUGGUGUUCAUCAUGCCGUACCACGUAGAAUCCCUGGAGAGAGUGGAGAAACUAUUGACACGCCAACAACUGAACACCUGGAUCAGUAAAAUGGAACAGAAAGCGGUUGCGGUGUCACUUCCUAAGGUCAGCGUGGAGGUCAGCCACAACCUGCAGGUAGUAAGGGUGGAGGUUGGGGUGUAACUGCAGUUUUUUACUAAUGUAAUGGCUUGCUCUGUGGACAAGGCCAAAGCUGAUCUGUCCAACAUCUCAGGGAAGAAAGACCUCUAUUUGUCCAACGUGUUUCAUGCCUCCGCCAUGGAGUGGGACACGGAGGGAAAUCCACCCGAUACUAGCAUCUUUGGUACCGACAAGCUCAAGAACCCCAAACUCUUCUACGCUGACCAUCCCUUCAUCUUCCUGGUGAAGGACAAGAAGACAAACUCAAUCCUUUUCAUGGGCAGGCUUGUCCGACCGAAGGGUGAUAAAAUGAGGGAUGAAUUGUAAUUUGUUCAUUUAAAUGUGUGUGUGUGGAGACUUAUGAAUGUGUGCAAAUUAGUUCGUCCAUUAGAUCUGCGGACCACCGUUACGUUUACUUCGAAAAUUGAUAUUUAGGUGCCUCAUAAUUUUUUUUUUGUUAUA